AUGAAUGACCUCCAACACUCCAUUGCGGUCCUCCGCGCCCCCGCCGCCCGCCUCCGCGAGCACCUUGAAGUCCUGCGCACCCAGUUCUAUCAGUGCGCCCAGGAUAUGCGCAAGGUGGAACUCACGCUCAGAAUGAUGCUCGAGCACGCUGGCAUCUGGACCAAUGACGAGAUCGUGCAUAACAUUAGAGUCAAACUGGCCAUCUGGCGCGAGGCGCGGGCUCUGAACCGCCAGAUUGUACACGUGCAGCGGCAGAUUUCUGCCCUGGAGGUCAGGUUUACGUCUGUGAUGCGGGAUCGGUUCUUGUUGGAUGUACUAGAGGAAUUUAUGUUGGGGGAGGAUCAGGACGAUGACGGCAUUUCUCUGGAUGAGGCGGACGAGGAAGGUGCAGGUGCUGGUGAGGGUGCUGGGGAUGGUGAGGGUGGUGAGGAUAGUGAGGAUGCUGAGGAUAGUGAGAGUGGUGAGGCUGGUGAGGAUGAAGAUGAAGAUAGUGGUUCGGAGCUGGAAGAAAUGCCGUUAUGGUUGUAA